CAGCAAGUUUCUGUAUCCCAUAGCCAUUAAAUGAAACAUUCUGGAGCAUGCUUUGGUCUAGUGUGCAUAGCAGAAAGGUUUUCUUUGUUAUGAACUUAACUCGCCUCAAAUACUUGGUUGCACUGGGGCUGGGAGAACAGGAACAGAGGAAUAAGAUUGUGUGUGUGAUCAGUGAUAGGCAAUAGGUUGGGCUAAAUACAUAUGCAAAUGCUGCUUAGUUUCUAAACAGAGGGUUACUGUUUUAUAACACAGGUAUUUAUUAAUAUAUAUCUGUAUGAAAACUAUAUUUGGGGUAUUUGCUGUAAUUCAACUUACCUCAAAAAUCUUACCACAGUUGUCCUAUGUAGAUAUGCUAGUAUUUAUGGAUACAUUUGAUUAUUUUUGGCUUACACAUUGCCAUCCUGUUGAAGUCUGAAGGUAUAUUUGGCUAUAUAAAAAAAAAAAAAUUAAAAAAAAUCAAUCUCUUCCCCAAUAAUUGCUGUUAUUGAUAUUUGUUAACACCAGCAGAGCUGGGUGAUCACCAGCACCUCCUUUGCCCUGUUCCCGUGCCUUACAGGGAAGGCUGGCACAGCUUCCUAAAGCACCAGCAAAUCUUCCAUUGCCUUGGCUUGUAAAUGCCCUGUGGAAAUCACCGGCCAUACUUUGAGUUUGUACUCUGUUCCUCUGCAAUAACACAAACUGUGCCAUCUUCAACAGUGCUUCAAUCUUCCCAAAUGCCAUCAACUGCAUAAGUAGGUCAGACAGGCAGAGAACUGAAAGCCCAUUCUGUGCAAAUGAGCAGCACACAAAUGGGAGAUCAGGAAAGCUUCAUUACUGUGCAGGGUCCAUUUUCUUCAGCAAACAGAGUUUGAUGUUAUUUAUGGCUAAGUUUAGAUCCUUAAACUUUUAAGGAAGCAGAAUUGGGACAGCAGUUAACAGUGAAAACUGUUGAUGUUUACAUCUUCAUGGCUGAAUUUUGUAAUUUGUUUUAAUACCAAUUCCUAGACUAUAAUAUAUACUACUCAGCUUUAGUAAGAGCAUGCUGUCCAAAAUACAGACUGUAUUCAAUUACUGUUUUCAUGUCUUCUCUUAAAGUACUGUCUUCAAACAAGCUUAUGUAUGUUUUAAAAUACAAGCACCAGUUCUCUGGACUCCACUGAAGAAGUACCUGGGUGCUUCAGUGAAAGCACUGCCUCUCUUGAUAUCCUAGCUUAAGGCACAGAGGACAGUUUCACAAUUCUCUGAAAUGUCAAAUCACCUGUGAAUUCCCAAAGAGCUCAAUGAUGAAUGAAGCAAGCUUUAUGGCUAUAUAAAUUGUGCUUUAUUUUUAAAAAAAUAAAGACCGAAACAAGUGAAAAUCACCUUUUCCUAGAGUAUGUAAAUAUUUAAGUCUGUUUCAGAUGUUGAGCUUAGCAUUCCAGAGAGAUUUCAGAGAGGUGAUUGUGCAACCAUCAGUCUUGAGAGCUGAGAUUUAGACAGCAUUCAGAAAGCUGACACAGUAAUUACUAGCAGUGGUUUAGGCGUGGGAUUUGCUGGAGGUUGGGCUUAACAAGCCCUGCCAGGGCUGUGUUAUCAGAGCCAGCACGUUACCUGUGCUCCCCAACUCCAGCACUUGUUCCCCCCCUCGUUUUUAUAUCACAAUCAAUGUCUCAUGGUCCUGUCAGCUCCUGUACACACACUGAGGUGGAGUACAAUCAUGUGCUGACUAAUCAGUGUUCUAUACCAGAGGUUUUUUACCUUGUGACUUGCAUUUGACUUCAGAAAUAUUGAAAUGGAUAGCAGGCAUUAGUCUUAAGCUCUCUUAAUUAAUUUUCUUUCUUUUGUAGAUUUGUUGCUAAUAGGAUAGGAUCCGUGAGGCACAAAGAAACCAAAUCACUGUUCAAUACAGUGUGACCUGAGAAGAGGGAGGUUUUAUUUGGAAAUUAUGUUGAUAUGGAGUAAUUUUAGAAUUGGUGCUAUAUGUGUAUUGUAUGCUUAAGUCAUUAAUAAAUAUUGAAGUCAUUUUGACAAAUGGGUAUCUCUAUCCCUGAAGAGAAUGGUUCUACUUGCACUUACAGGACUGUGUUAUUGCUUCCCAGGGCUCUGUGUUUUUAUUUCAUUUUGCUAUGAAAUAUCUGCAGUUCCUGUUACUGGGAAGGGUCUAACUAAACUGUGUUAUGCAAAAAUUUCCAGGGUUAAGCUAGAUUUAUAAGGAGGUUGUCUGGAGAGGUUGGUCUUUCCUAGAACCAGGAGGGCUGAAUGAAGCAGGGCUGUGCUGCAGUACAUAGAACACUGCUUCACUUCUGUUAAAGUCUCCUGGCUGGAGUUAUUCUGAAAUGCCUGCCUAAAAUAUAUUGGGUAUCUGGCAGUGAGUAAAACAACCCCACUUCUGUUGAUGCAGACAGUCAGGAUUGAGAAAACCAUGGCACUCCUGAAGAGAAUGGGAUUCGGUCUCACACACCAUAAACAUACAGAAGUCACUGUUUUCUUAAGAUGAUCAAUACUAGACCAGUUCCAAAUUGAAAGAGCACAGCAGAGUUGUUCUUUCUCAAACAAUUGUUAAGAAAUUGCAAAUAGUGAUGCUGGAUUCCAAACUAAUCCUCAGGCACCUGUUUUACUGUCCUUAGUCCUGCUUAGGAGUUUGCCCAUCCCUCACACUGCAGACCAGUAUAAUGGAUAUUUUCUGCUAAAGGAAAAGGAAGAUUUCCCAUCUGCAUAGAAUGCCUGGUUUUGGGCAGAUUUACCACGAGCAUAAGCUCCUGCCUGUGUCUGUACCACAUUUUCUUGCAGUACCACUCUGGGAAGGAUUUUCUUGCCUUGUUUGCUGAGCCCUGAUUUGCCAGCCCUCGGUUGUUGGUUGACUUUCCUUUAGAUGGAAUUCUUUUGGUGGAGGGAUAUGGACAAACUCACAUGAAUAUUAGAUGUUCAUUCUCAAGAGAGAUACAAAUUAAAUUGUUUUGUGUGGGGUUUGGUUUGUUAGGUUUUUAAUCUUUUUUUAAAUGGACCAUAUUGCACUUGCUGAAUGUAGGAUAUUUGUCUAGAUGAGGCAGAGACCCAGAGAAGGUAUUUUUUAUAGUCUUGGACUUAAUUUUCUCCUGCCUUCAGAAUGCUGACUAAUUUUACAUUUCCCCUUCCCCUCCCUGAUGAAUUUCCUAAACAAAGUCCUGUGAGUCAAUUUGUUCAGUAGACUGAUUACUUACUCAAUAUAAAGCAAUUGCCAACAUAUUUUUUCUGCCAUAAAUGGACCAGAUAAAGCAUUCUUAACACGUUCAAAAUAGAUUUGAAUGCAGCACAGCAGUGUCAGCUGAGAUCAUUCCAAAUCACUAGAUUUCCAAUUUGUUUGAAAUAGCCAGAAGACUUGAAACUGUUUUAAAGUAUCUUAAUAUUUAAGUUAAUUAAAAAUAGUGACUGUUCUAUGUAAAAGAAGUUUUAGUAUUCUAAUUCAAGCAGUCAGUAAUUCUGUCUAUUAGAGCAAAGGUUGUGGAAGAUAAAACUUAACAGCAGUUACGUGCUGGUUACACUGGAAGCUCAAAUCUUUAGCAAAGAUACAACUGAAGGCAGCCACUGGAAGGUUAGAUUAUUCUAGAGAACUUUUUAAAAAAACCACUUUUUUUGCAUGAGUAACUACUAGUUUAUGUUCAAGAACUGAAGCUGUGGGAUACACAACUGCCAUAUAUCAGUACCUUAACAUAUUUUUCCUUUUUUUCUAUGAAGUUCUUUAAGAGAACUUCCCUGUUUUGUACUUUAAUUUUGCAAUCAGAUUCAAAACAAGAAGCUUGGUCAAGUUUUCCAGUUGGCAAGUAUUAGGAUAGGAGGCCUUUCUACAGAGCUAUUUAAUUCCUUGAAUACUGAAAUUUCAGAUGAGGCAUGGAACAACAUCAGGUUUGCAUUUCUGACAUUUGUGUUCUCCCCCUUGAAGGGAAUGAAAACUGCAGGAAACCUGCCAAGUCCUGAAUAUCAAGGGUUGUGAGACAUCCUCAGAGAGCACUGCACCAUGUCAACUGCAGGAGUUGCUGCUCAGGAGAUGAGAGUCCCCUUAAAAACCGGAUUUCUGCACACCAGUCAAGGCAUGGGCAGUCUGAAAACCUGCUGGGGCACCCACAGUGGAUUUGAAAAUACUUUCUUCAAUGUGGAGCCUAUAGCAGUGACAUAUAAUUUAAACUCAUCAACCGAGCAACAUUUGCCAUCCAUCGGGCACUCUUCCAACCAGCCUUCCAUGAAUGACCACGUUGCUGGAAGUUGCAUCCAAGUCCCAUCUCAGAAAUCCAGUCCACCUCCUGUAAGUCCCAAAAUUGAACAGCCAAUUUCAAGGUACGACGACCACCUCGUUCCUGGCUUCAGUAAACUCUCAUUGACCAUGGGCUGUGUUUCUGAAGAAACCCCUCCUCACAUGCCAAUAAAAACUGGACCAAUUCCAUUUCUGUCUGCAUCUUCUGACCGCAGCUGCAGGCCACUGCCCCCUCUGCCCAUAUCUGAAGACUUUGCUCCAGAUGAGGUUGACAAAGAGGUGGAAUUCCUGACUAGCUCAGACACUGACUUUUUGUUAGAAGAUUAUGAACUUCCUCCUUUCAAAUCCAGCGCUCCAAGCCGGCGGAGCUUUAGGGGCUGUGGACAGAUCAACUAUGCGUAUUUUGAUUCUCCAGCAGGACCAAAACCAGAAGAAGCCAACCCUACACAAAGCCUCAAUGUGUACAUAUCCAGUAUUUAUCCUCCCCCCCAGCAGCUGCAUCGGCGCCUGCGAAGGUCCCACUCUGGGCCAGCUGGAUCUCUCAACAAACCCAUAGUGAGACUAACUGGACACUUCAACAGGUCAUCUCCAACUUCUGAUGAAGAUAAACCAGAGAUUCCACCGAGGGUUCCCAUUCCCCCACGGGCUCUCAAGCCAGACUACAGGAGGUGGUCAGCAGAAGUUGCUUCCAGUGCAUACAGUGAUGAAGACAGGCCCCCCAAAGUGCCCCCUCGAGAGCCUUUGUCCCGCAGCAAUUCCCGCACCCCCAGCCCCAAAAGCCUCCCAUCAUACCUCAAUGGGGUCAUGCCCCCCACCCAGAGCUUUGCACCUGAUCCUAAAUAUGUCAGCAGCAAAGCUCUACAAAGACAAAACAGUGAAGGAUCUUCCAACAGGGUCCCUUGCAUUCUUCCAAUUAUUGAAAAUGGUAAGAAGGCCAGUUCAACGCACUACUAUCUGCUACCAGAGAGACCUCCCUAUUUGGACAAGUAUGAGAAAUUCUUCAGAGAAGCAGAGGAGAGGAGCUCUAACACUGAGGUUCAGUCCUGGUCUGGUGACUGCACAGCCACCUCAGCCCCAAUAAAACUGGACUCAAAGCCCAGAAUGGACAUGGGUGGUCCCCUGAAAAGAAAACACCUGUCCUACGUGGUUUCCCCGUAGUGCCUGGGAGCACAGGCUCAGCUCAGUUGCUUGGGAUGGAGCUGAACUUUAUCAUGUUACAAAGUUCUUACAGAUAAUGAAGUAGGAGCAGUUUGUCCUCUGAGAACUGAAAAGUGGAUGGUAAAGUCCUCUUAUGCUGCAUAUAUUCGAUAUGUUUCUUAAGACUUUUCUUGUCUUGGUAUGUAAGCUGAAAACCUACUAAGAUUCCACAGAAACAUGGAGGGAUAGUAGUCACAGUUGGCCAGUUGUAUGCUACCUAGAUGAACAUGUUUGGUAGUCAACAAUAUUUAAAAAAAAAAUUAAAAUUGAUCUUUGCUUAAGAGUCACUUAUAAAGCAAACAACAGACCAAGUAAUGCAGUUCAGUUUUUGUAAUAGCUAUUUUCCAAAAUUUCUUUUUCACAGUAAUUCUACUGAGAACAGACUGUCCUCUUUUACUAGGAUAUGUCUGAUAAGAAGGUAAAUGCAAGAUAAGAUACCCACUUCAAGACUUGGCAGGCAUAUUGGAAGUGCAUUUUGAAAGAUUAAUCUAUCUUACAAAUUAAUUUGAUGCUAAUAGAUUUUUAAAGCGAGUUAGAUUUUGUGAAUUCAGUUGCUAGACACACUUGGCUCAAUUUUGCAGUUUUUCCUAGAAGAGACCUGGACCAGCUAUUGCUAAGCCUCUGCUGCUGCUCUUUUCCUGCUGGAUCCUAGAAAUGUGUGAAUGUGUCCUGAGCAGCCACAGGGCUGCUGUUAGGUAAGCAGUAACAACCAUGUGCUCACCUAGAGUCUGAAAUUAUGACUGUAUUAAAUACAGAAACACAGCACAAGCUGGCCUUGUGUUCUGGGUUCUGUUCAGUAUUUUAGGGGAGGAGGAGGAGGAGGGUAUGAGGAAAAAACAAGAUUCCAUUUAUGAACAGUGUCAGUCCCAUCUCUUGCUGCUUCAGAUGCUGCUUUUGCUGUUUUUCCUCACUGUGCCUCAGCCAUUCACUGAAGUUCACUGAGGUGCCACCCUGGCAGUUCUUGUGCUCAGUUUGGUUACAUUUGUCCUCUCACAGAUAAGCACAAGAGAAGGGGUGCUCAUUAACAGGGGUGCAGAAGAUGAAUGUGUUCCUCCUGACAGAAGUAAACAAGGUGUUUACAGUUUAAACUGCUGAAUGAGAUGUUUGAGCUAUUUUAAGCUUACUUUUUAUUUGUUUUAGUACAAACUAAAUGAAGGUGAAAUACAUGCUAUAGAAAUGCACUGAUAUUUCUGCAUUGUGUACAGUAUUGAAUAAAAAGUAAUUCACUUUGUAUUUUGAAUAUUGUCAUGUCUUGAGUUUAAUAAAGUUAUAAAAUACUUAUUUAUGAUACAUUUUGGUUUUUUGUUUUAUUGAAUAGUGCAUGCAAUUCCAUUUUAGUUCUGCAUUUACUGGACAGUUCAAAGUUAGUAAUGUUAAAUGUGCAACAGAUGUUGAAUUCAGCUUGCAUUUAAUUUAAGAUUUCUGCAGAAGUGUUCAGUAACUCACACUGCACACCAUUAAUUUUAAUUUCACCCUACUAACUGGUAGCAUGGUGUCUAUAGUUUUGUGCUGACAAUAAAACAACUAAAUCCUGUAA